AUGAAGGUAAGGGCUCGGCAUCGGUUUGAAUGGGGGAGCCGAAGUCAGACGUCUGAUCUGAUGAGCUUGGUCGCGACAGAUGAAGGUAGGGGCCAUGACUUGCAGAUCUGGGAAGAAGAAAUGAUGACUGGAAGGGAGAAUAGGAGGUUGAAAAGAGGAUACGAGGUAUAUAAGACAUUAUUUGGGAUUUCGGGGAUCUGUGGCAGAGUUCAGCAAAAGAUAAUGAUAAAAGUGCAAAUUAAUUGCGAGAAAUGCCUGAGAAAGGCCAUGCAUUUGAUUGCUUCCAUAGAAGGAGUGGAGUCAAUUGCUGUGGAAGGAGAAGACAAAGAUCAUUUUAUUAUAAUAGGAGAUGGGAUCGAUUUGAUUAUACUCACAAAGAGUUUGCGGAAGAAAUUUAAACAUGCAGAAAUAAUGGUAGUAGAACCAUUAAUGAAUCUGAAUGUUGAGAUAAGUGCAUCAAUGAAUAAUGAAGCAAAUUUAGAAAAUGGAUUUUCACAGUGGCGCCCUAAUUAUCCUCUUCCUUCACAAGUUAUCAUGUAUGAAGAACCGAUCAUUAAUUCUGGGUCUUGUUUAAUUAUGUAAUCAAUUUUCAAUGUAGGUUUCGAUUU